CAUUAGAUGGCACAUAAUAACACACCUGGAUUCCCUCAUGCAUGUUACUUGGGAAGCCGGCACUUGGUAAUACUUUAUAACUUGGAUAUACUUUGAAUUACCGAUGGAUUUCUUAAAAGAUUCCAAUUUUUCUCUCGGAGACACUAAUUCAACAACAACAACAGCUGUAGAUGGGGCCCUUCAGUGCAGUGCCAUCCUCCCCGUCAUCUUUGGCAUCAUCUGCUUUCUAGGGCUCACGGCUAACUGCAUUGUCAUCUACACCAUCAUGAAGAAGACCAAGGGUCGGGCCAAGCAAACUGUCCCGGACAUCUUUAUCUUAAAUUUGUCGAUUGUUGAUCUCCUGUUUCUCCUUGGGAUGCCAUUCCUCAUCCACCAGCUGCUGGGCAACGGCACAUGGCACUUUGGAGCCACAAUGUGUACGUUCAUCACUGCUCUCGACUCCAACAGUCAGAUUGUCAGCACUUACAUCCUCACCGCGAUGACCCUCGACCGUUACCUGGCUACGGUCCAUCCCAUCCGCUUCAACUACAUCCGCACACCUUGUGUGGCAGCGCUGGUUAUUGGCCUGGUGUGGGGUCUGUCUUUACUCACCAUCAUUCCUGUGUGGAUGUACGCAGGCCUGAUGCCUCUACCGGACGGCCUGGUGGCUUGCGCUCUCCUUCUGCCUGACCAAGUCACUGACAUAUACUGGUUUACGCUUUACCAGUUCUUCCUGGCAUUUGCCAUACCUUUGGCCAUCAUCUGCGUGGUGUUCUUCAAGAUCCUCCAGCACAUGGCCACCAGCGUGGCACCACUGCCUCCGAGGAGUUUGAGGGUGCGCACUAGGAAGGUGACCCGGAUGGCAGUGGCCAUCUGUCUGGCCUUUUUCAUCUGCUGGGCUCCUUACUACAUCCUGCAGCUGAUCCACCUCGGCGUGCAGAAGCCAAGCGUGGCUUUCUCGUAUGCCUACAACAUAGCCAUUAGCAUGGGAUAUGCUAACAGUUGCAUAAACCCAUUCCUCUACAUCAUCCUCAGCGAGACCUUCAAGAGGCAGUUUCUCAGGGCUGUGAACCCGAUUAAUAGAAAGUUCCGCGUGCAUCCGAGCACCACAGAUGGUGGCAGUGUGAGUGUCAGGAUGAUACCUGAAGGGGCUCAGCAGGAGCACGCUUCGGGGGAGAUGAUACCAUGCAACGUGGAUCCACAAUGAAUACGAAUUAAAUUAACUUCACUGCUUCACCAUUACUGAUGGAUGGGACACAUAUACAUACUUUUUCUGAUAUGUAAUGUCUGCUCGUCAGCUUUAAUUGAUCAUUUAAUUUAAACAAUAUGUUUUCCUAUUUUUCAUCCAAGACCUGAAAAAAAUGGUUAAAUCCAUCAUAACUGAGAAUAAUAGGCAUUUUUGGACCAGAGAGACCUUUUCAUAAUUCUAAGAGCCUCCCAUUGUAUUAUAUCCACACCACAGGGACAAGGCAGCUGAUAAUCAUUCUCCCAGAACAAGAGGAACCUUGAGUGACAUAAGUGUCCAGUAAGUGGUCAAACACAGCCAAUGCAGCACCGGCGUAAUCAACAGAUAACACAAAAUACAUUAAUUACAAUACAACCUUGUGUUUUCUUCAGUUGAAAGUACUCAGAUGUCUCAAAACCCCUGAUCUUACUUUUAAAAACUGGGCUGUGUUGAAGACCUGUCUGCAGAAGGAAAAGCAGACCGGAUGGUUUCUCAUUAGAAAAGAUGUCUUCAGACAGAAUGCAAAGCGAAAUUCAUCUUCAUCUACAGGAUUUUUUGCAGCCUGCUUCUCUUAAUGGCAAACAUCCAGUGGAAAACAAGCAUUGACUCGAUGAACUCCAAAUGGUAUAAUUGGUACUCGUCUCUACUCUCUCUCAUUAACGCUGGAUACGGUCAAUUCAACAGGGAACAUUUUCUUCCGGACAAAAUUAUUGUCAGGGUGAAAUGUUCUUAAAUUACAACUAGACCUAAACACCAGUCAGUCUAGUCUGAGAUCCUGUAAUGUGGUCACAAGUGGAGUACAUUUAAUACAAUAUCACUGUGUGUAUCCAUGCAGUAAACACACAGUUUCUUGCAGUUUUAGCUGAGAUUUCAGAUUCCAGGCAGUAUGACUGUUGUAUUGAAUAAUGGAAAGGGAUGCAUGAUGUUAGCUGUGAGCUUUAGGAACAUCAGUUGUGCAAAAUGUUGUUCAAAUUGAUUCUUGUGUCUUCUUGUGUCCUGUGAUGGGUAAAUGUAAUAUCAAACAUCUGAAGAAGAGAGUGGAGAUUGAGACUGGACAUGAGAUGUCUUUGGAUCAUAAGUGCAUUAGAUAUUAUUCUGCUGACAAAAAUGAAAGGGCGUCCAUUAUAUCCAGUGCAUUAGCAGCAUAACCUUGAGAAUUUGCAUUCAACAUACUUAUUCUCCUCUUUUGGAUAGAAAGACAGUAAUGCAAGUGUAUGUAAUUACUGUUUCCACUGGUGUGGAGCAAGAUGUUUUAAACAUUCAAGGCUCUGCCCCAACCAAGUUGCUGUCAGGAGCAAGCCAACCCAGGGAGGUUCUGUUUUCCAUCUCUGGCAGCUAUAUGCACUAUUUUUCAAGCCAUUUGUGAUAAUAGAAUGCCAAAAAAUAUGUCAAUUUUGGGCAAAAACGGCCGUUGCCAAGCAAAAAUAUCAUCCUUUAGCUUAUAUCUUAUUUUGUAUCUAGUUGUUCUCCAAUUAUCUUUCACUCAUGCCCCCCAAAAAGGCAGAAUAAUGACUGGUGUUAGUAUUUAUUUAUUUUCCUUUCUUGGCAAACCUGCUUGUUAUUAUGUAUGAACUUUCACUGUUGUACUACUGUAUCGUUCUGCCAGACAUGAUUGUUUUAUUUUUUUUGAUAAUGUUUUUGUCAUUUAUUGUGCGUGAUCUCAGGGUAUUGAUAAGAUAAGAUCAGACGAGAUGAGAUGAGAUUCUUCUAUUGAUCUCAUCUCCCAUGGGAGAAAUUCAGGUGUUGCAGCAUCACAAGUACAGAGUAAACAGAUUAAGGUAAUAAUAAUAGAAUAGAAUAAAAAAAAAUGAAACAGUAUAAUUGCUGUCAAAGACUUCAAUGCUCAAUAAAUUUCCGUCUGAAUAAACUAUGUAAAAAUA